GGUAUGACAGUGUGGGCGGGCGGAAGGGGCGUCGCGGGCAGAUGGGCCGGGGUGAGAGGCCCCUGAUAGGUAGGCAUCCCCCCUUACUCGCUGUGAGGCGUCGGUUAUGGACGCCUGGAGAGUAUGCAGCCAAGCCAGCGCCGGUGUGGAGGUGAUAGUGUGACUGUGGAGUGGGUCAGAGUGUGGGGCGUAAGUUCAGUUCAUUCAAAAAAUGGGGGAAGAGGAAGGAAAUGGGCGGGAAGGUGGCCGGCUAACAGAAUGGAUGAGGAGGUCGCCUUCGUGUGGUCAAGCGAGCGGGCGGCCCGGUGCGUGCGCGGCGCGGCUGGGCCUGGGGUCAGCUGCGCGCGCUCACACACACACACACACACACAGAGCGGAAGACGGUUCCCCCUCCGGAGGUGUCAGUUAAUAAGCAAAUGAGGAGGCUCGGCCACUAGGCGCGGCGCGGCGCGUGCGACGCGUGUCGUCUAUUCCCUGUCUGCUAUGAGUUCGUAGGUAGGCCAGGUGGUCUCCAGUGAGUGGGGGAGGUGGGAGGGAGGAGGGGUUAGAAGAGUGUCGGUAUUAGCGAGAUAGGGUUGCGAGGUCAGACCGGUGGUCAGUUCAUUUCGCGGCGUCGGAAGGACAACAACGCGUUCUCUCCCAGUGUGUGUGUGUGUGUGUGUGUAUGUUCACGUGCUCAUCGCUCGCCCGCCGCGGCCGUUGUUUACGUACUGCUCGCCCACCUCUCGCCCACCGCUCAUCUACCGCUCGCCCACCGGCCAAUUAAUUGUGCUAGUUGCAUCAAUUGUACGGAUUAAAUAUGCCGCCCAUCACUGCGGACCACUCCUUACCGCGAGGCUCUGAGUUCGAGCUAAUAACCAAACGACUUCGUGAUGUGAUGCCUGUUCGACUACUCAUGGAGAAGACCUUCGCUUUGAACAAGUCUCGUAGCAAAGUGUUAACUCUUGGCUUGCGUCUAGAAAGUCGGAUGGAAGUGUGUGCUGUGUUGAGUAGCUCUCAGGGGCCAGGGGUUCGCCUUACUCAAAGUGAAUUAACUGCGCUUCUCAACAGACGUUGGGUUUCUACUGUGUUGUCCCAUUUUGCAAAGCCCAGCUAUCCAGGCAAGAGUUACAUUCUUGACGACAUUGAAUUUAGGUGUGUGUCUACGCAGCAAACAGAACCAGCUCUUCGCAUCGCUCGUAAGAAUGAGGAUCGCUUGGGAUUUUUGCUUCUUGCUGAGAUAAGUGUGAAGACUUUGUUUAACUUGGCCGAUUAUAUCUUGUGCUACGUAGAUACUUUGGUGCAACACUCUGUUCAAUGUGAACAAUGGGUCGUUGGGUGUGCACGUGAAUUAAAGGCCAUAAGCGACGAGAGUAAGAUUUUAGUAGAGACUGAACGAGAGGCGGAAAUUGUCAUUGACAUGUACACUCAGAAAAUGACAGAUUGUACUUUCUUAGAUAAGGAAAAAGAGUUUCUGAUGGAUCUUGCUUACUUUUACAAGCCAUACAUGGCUCGGAUGGUAUAUGACUAUGUGAACGCACAGAAAAGUGUGAGUGAUGUAACACCAAUGGAAAGUGAAUGACAAUAAAGUGUGUGUCCCAGGAUU